GCUGUGUACCUACCGGCCGAUAAUAAAUUAGRGCAUUUUAUUUCAGAUAGAUACCCAAGUAAACACCRAUUAACAUGUAUUAAGUUCCAUAACCUAUAACGUGUCCCGCCCUUUUUCUUCCGCGAUUCAAGAGCAACCACUGUCGAAUGAAUCUCAUAUUUUUCUUUCGCAAUAAUAUUACAUUACCUGUUAUUAUUACUGCUCUGAUUUCCUAUUAAGUGCAUAAUAAUAUUAUAUAGUAUUGCGUAUUAUGUCCGCGGCGUAYGUCAACAAUUGUAAACUUUUAAAAAGUAUAUGUUUGAACGUUUCUGGUGCUAUCGGCAGGAGAAAAAUGAGCAUUAUCUUUAACGACAUCGGUUCGCAUUCGUAUGACGAUUCAGUCAAAAUGUUGAAUUCUUUGCAAAGUCUUACUUCUAAGUUAACUCGUCAUCCAGGAAAUUUGAAAUUAAGACAGGUGAACACAUUUUUAAAUAGAUGCGGUUUGAGUAAUGAAGAUUUGGACAAACUUUCAGUCAUUCAUGUUGCUGGAACAAAAGGUAAAGGAUCCACAUGUGUAUUUUGUGAACAAUUGUUGCUAUAUAAAGGUUAUCGCACUGGCUUAUUUACUUCACCACAUUUAAUCUCUGUCAAGGAAAGAUUUAGAAUUAAUGGAAAAGUCAUUACUGAUGAAAAGUUUGUGUUUUAUUUUUGGAGUGUCUACAAUACACUAUUAUCUAAACGUGGUAACGAAGAAGAAUUACCUGCCUAUUUCAUGUUUCUGACAGUUAUGGCAUUUAAAAUGUUUGUCGAUGAAAAAGUAGAUGUUGCUAUCAUAGAAACCGGAAUUGGGGGCGAAUAUGACUCUACUAAUAUAUUAAGAAAAACAUCAAUUGUUGGAAUUUCAUCACUAGGAUUUGAUCACACAACAGUACUAGGAAAUACUUUACAAGAAAUUGCUUGGCAAAAAAGUGGAAUUAUGAAGCCAAAUUCUGUAACAAUUGUUGCUAGUGAUCAACCUAAAGAAACCCAUCAAAUAUUAAUUGAACGUAGUGUAGAAAAACAGACAACGUUAUUGGAAGCUCCAUCAUUUAACAAGUAUAAUUGGAAUGAAAAUACUUCAGAAUUAGGAGUUCUAAAUACAGCACAAGAGAUAAAUGCUUCACUUGCUAUUCAACUUUCUAAUGCGUGGAUCAAUCGUAACAAUAAAUAUGAUUGGAUAAAAAAAUGCCAUGUUGGACUUAGUGGAAUGAAACAAGCUCCAAUUUGGGAAAUUAACAAACUAGAUAAACAAGCAUUAAGGAAUGUUAAAUGGCUUGGCCGCAAUCAAGUUUUAAACAUAACACCCAAUUUAUCAUAUUUCUUGGAUGGAGCUCAUACAAUUGAGAGUAUUMAGUUAUGCAGUAAAUGGUACCAAAAUGUUUGUCCUAAGUCACAAUUGGGUGUUCGAAAUAUUUUAAUAUUCAAUGUGACGGCGUUCAGAGAUUAUAGUACAUUUUUAAAAAUACUAUUAACUGAAAACAAAAUAGAUUUAGUUUUGUUAUGUCCAAUUAUUACAUCAAUUGAUAACCACCGUCCAGAUACGGUUGAUUUGAAUUUUAAUUAUGAUGAGCAAUUGGUCAAAUGUUAUGAUAUGAAAAAUGUUAUAGAUUUUUGUGAUGUAAAAGUAUUUAAUUCUAUCCAAGAAACUAUCAAGUAUGUUAAAAUGUGCAGCUCUUCUGAAAAAGAUACAAGCUUUCAAGUUUUAGUAACUGGCUCAUUAAAACUUGUUGGUGGAGUUUUAGAGGUCCUCCAAUUAUGACAUUUAUUUUAUAAAUAAACCAAUUCCAUAGGAUUAGUUAUUAUAAAUUACAAAAUUUAAUCUUUCUCUGUUUAGUGUUACACUGUAUGUUGAAUUAUAUUUUGAACAAAAAAUUGGUACUUUUCAGUUAAUUUAGGCAUCAGCAGUACUAUUGAAUUAUAUAUGGAAUAUUCAAAUAUUUACUACUCCAAAAGAUUUUGAUAUACAAUUAUGUGUAAAUUAAUUUGAAAAUCAAUAACAAUUUUUUUUAAACUUAUUUUUGUAAAUCAUAAUAAAUAAAGGCCAUAAUAAAUUGCAUUUAAAUCUAUGCACUAAAUCACUCACUAAUGUUAUUGAUUUUUAUAAUUAUUUUACUAUUACUUUUGCAGUUUUUGGAUAUUAGCUCUAUCUUUUUGUAUUGUA